AUGCGCAGAUCGAUGCUCACAGUGCGAACAGAUCUGAGCGAAUUGUCAUUAGGAACGACUAUGAAGACUACAUUCCCGAAUCCAGAUGACAUCCUCAAUUUCACUCUGACAAUUGAGCCGGACGAGGGCAUGUACAAAGGAGGCAGCUUUGUAUUCAGUUUUGCCAUCAAUCAGAACUUCCCACACGAUCCGCCCAAGGUCAAGUGCACACAGAAAAUCUAUCAUCCCAACAUUGACCUGGAGGGCAAUGUCUGCUUAAAUAUUCUCCGGGAGGACUGGAAGCCUGUGUUGAACUUGAAUGCAGUGAUUGUGGGUAUGCAAUUCCUGUUCCUCGAACCGAAUGCAUCCGACCCUCUCAACAAAGAGGCCGCCGAAGACCUCCGAACGAACCGAGAAGGCUUCAGAAGGAAUGCUAGAACCGCGAUGGGAGGCGGUGCAGUUCGAGGACAGAGUUAUGAUCGUGUUCUACGGUGA